AAAUUCAAGAGCAAUAUAAAUUACUCCUUUGAUUUAAUCAGCAAAUCUUAACCUAUGAAUGAUGAUUUUUGCAUUGGAGGAUACUACAAAAAAUAAGAAUGAUAGAAGUAGUAUAAUCAAAGGGUUUGUUAUAAACAUAAAAUUAUAGAUUUGUUUAAAAAUCUAAUAGGACAUUUAAAAUCUGGUUUAUGAUAUUUAUGGUUUAGGAUUGUCAAUGACCAGAUCUUUAGACAAUAAGAUUAAUUCUUGGAAAGGAGAAAUUGAGAGGUCAGAAAUUAGCCAAUUAAUUGUAGAGGUGUAAAAAAUUUUCAUGUUCAGGGGAGAUUGGGAAUAUUGUAGUAUAUUAAAAUGACAAAUUGAGAAUAAAGAAAAACUCAAAUUUCAAAAUCAAAGAAUAAAAAUAUAUAAAGAGAACAAGUCAAAUUGAUUCUAGCUAAUUUAUAGGUUCAC